UGAGUGCCUACAUUGACCAGCUGAUUUCGAAUUUGUAUAAUUUAGUUAUUUUGUAGUUUCUCAAAACGUAGCUAACUGCGGCAAGUCUUGUGUAUAUGAGAUAUGUAGCAUAAGAAUACCUAGGUAUUUAUAGUUACACAAAGAUAUUACAGGGAUCCCAUCCAAUGCAAGUAAUGUUGAGCUGAAAGCUUGUAGGUUAUGAUUAUUUAAGAAUGUCGGUAUGGCAAAGCGAGGAACAGCGGUGCGGCGUGGUGCUGCGCGAGGUGUUCGCGUGGCUGGAGGGGCGCGAGCUGGCGCAGGCGGGCGCCGCGUGCCGCGCGUGGCGCCGCGCCGCCGCCGCGCCCGCGCUGUGGCGCCGCCUGCUGGUCGCGCCGCCCGGUACCCGCACGCAUGCAUGCGCCCUAAUUACACAAGCUUGUGUUAUUACUGUGUGGGUUUACACUCAACUUGAUUCUACUGGUAACAUCCAAAGACUUCCGGCGGGGGUGUCGUGGCGGCAGGAGUACGUGCGCGCGCACGCGGGCUGGCGCGCGGGGCCGCGGCACCGCGCCGGCGCGCCGCUGCUGCACGCGGCGCUGGCGCCGGGCGGCGCGCUGCUGGCGCUGGCGGCCGCCGACGCGACGCUGCUGCUGUGGGCGGCGCGCGCCGGCGCCUGGGCCGAGGCCGGCCGCGCCGACCUGCGCGCGCGCGGCUGGGCGACCGUGGCGCGCUCGCAGUGGGCUACUGCGGGCCGCCUGCUGCUGACUGGCUCGCUCUCCCUCGUGUCCGACUGGGAGUUGUUGGUGCUUCACGUUGAUGACGAUGGCGGUUGCGGGACGGUGUACAGCCGCGUGCGGUGCAGCGCGGGCGCCGCGGGCUGCUGGGCGGACCCGGCGGGGGAAGCGUUUCUCUCGUUCGAGCUGCACCGCCUCGGAGCCGGUAUCUACUGCACUACAGUCUGGCUCAACGCUGCCACCCAGGAGACGGAAUCUGAAUAUGCAGGUGUAACUUCGCCCCUGCUAAGAAUCUUCAACGAAGAAGGCGCCCAUUUGACGCACGCGCUGGUGGUGCAGUCGGCCGAGCCGCUGUCGGUGGGCGAGCCUGCGGCCGAGCCCGCGGCCGAGGCGGACGGGCGCGCCGCCUACCUGCGCGCCAUCGCGCCGCGCGCGGCGGACGAGCUGCAGGCGCGCGUGCUAGUGGCGGGCGCCGGGUGCCGGCUGGGCGCGUGGCCGGUGCGCGCGCCGCGGCCGCCGCCGCUGCAGGCGAGCGCGGGCGGCGGGCUGGCGGAGCGCGUGCGGCGGCAGCGCGAGCGCCGCGCCGCGCCGGAGCCGGACGCGCCGGAGCCGGACGAGGCGGCCGUGCGCGCCGGCUGCACGCCGCCCGCGCGCCUGGCUCGCCUGCACGCGCCGCUCGUCGGACUCGCCUUGCAAGAGCGGUGA